CUGGGGGAGUGCUGUGUCAGUGCCCAGGCAGACCCCAGAGCUGACCUCUCCCUGUCCAGCCAUGGGUCUCAGUCUUCUGCUGCUGUUCCUGGGACUAGCAGGUCAGGGCUCUGUAGGAAGCUUCCCUGAGGUGCUGCAGGCCCCCGUAGGGAGCUCCAUUCUGGUGCAGUGCCAUUACCGGCUCCAGGACGUCAAGGCUCGGAAAGUGUGGUGCCGGUUCUUGCAGGAGAGGUGUCAGCCUCUGGUGUCAUCAGCUGUGGAUCGCAACGCCCCACGGAACCAGCGCACGUUUCUCACCGACCUGGGUGGGGGCCUGCUGCAGGUGGAAAUGAUUACCCUGCAGGAGGAGGACGCUGGGGAGUACGGCUGCGUGGUGGAGGGAGCAGCGGGGCCCCAGACCUUGCACAGAGUCUCUCUGGACGUGCUCACCCCAGCUCCUGGCCUGACAGAGGAGGCAGAGAAGGACUAUAAGACUGGCAGUCAGGCUGAAGACCCCUCGUCGGACACUGUGGGCAGUGCCAGUCCUUUGGAACCUGGCCAGGAUGAGAAGAGCAUUCCCUUGAUCUGGGGUGCUGUGGUCCUGUUGGGCCUGCUGGCGGUGGCAGUGGUGCUGUUUGCUGUGAUGGCCAAAAGGAAAGGGAACAGGCUUGCUGUCUGUGGCCGAUUCCAGAGCAGCACGGACCCCUCUUCAGCGGUCCACCCCACCGGUGAUUCUGCACUGGCUACUGGACCGCCAUCGGAUGUACCUUAUGUUAGGCUUGACUCGCCGCCUUCCUUCGACAAUACCACCUACGCCGGCCUACCUCUUGACUCCCCAUCAGGGCAACCUGCAUCCCCAGCCCCAUCCUCUUUGCCCCCUUUGCCUCCUAAGGUCCUGCCUUGCUCCAAGCCUGUGACAUAUGCCACAGUUGUCUUGCCAGGAGGGAGAAAAGCUAGAGAGGCCUCCUGUGAGCCGGCCCAAGAAACUCCUAACAGUGAGACUCCACCUAGCUAAGCUGCUCCCCACACUGCACACUCCUGGGGACCAUCCCUGGGAGUUCAGUGCACGCUUCCAUUCAGCCCAUGUCCUAGAUCCUUAGCAUAUCCAAGCAACUCGGGCCUUCCGCAGCUAGUCUAAUGUCUUGACUUUACUGACAGGGAAAGUGAUGCUCAAAAAUGAUUGGGUUAUCUUGGGAAGUCCCCUGUGCUGGUCCCUCUGCCACAUGAGGCUAAAUAAACCCUAAACAAUGAUA